CAAAAAUGUACACGCUAACCGUACCACUGCCAUAGCUUAUUGUACGCCAAAUCCUAAUGAUUUAAUCCCUCAGACCUAGGCUGAGAUGAAAUAAGCCGUCGAUUCUUUUAAAAACAAUCGCUAAAAAGGCCAUGGCGAUUAAAGAUAGGGAUGCCCUGUUGAAAGAAUGCGAAAUUUCAACAACAACAGAUCCAAUCGAAAGUUCUGGGGGAAAAUACUCAUUCUGGACGAAGAGAGACAAGAUCAAAUGGACAUCAUGCCUUUUUUUCGGCACAGCUACUCUAUACUCUGCAAGGACAAUAAUGCCAGUGUGUAUUGUGUCCAUAUCCAAAGAAAUGGGAUGGGAUAAAACUGAAUCUGGAACUGUACUGUCUGGGUUUUUCUGGGGCUACACCAUGACCCAGUUUCUAGGUGGCUAUUUGAGCGACAGAGUGGGAGGGGAUGUUGUAUUGCCUAUAGCAGCUUGCCUGUGGUCACUCAUGUGUUUUUGGACACCCCAGUUGGUCUACUUGUCAACAAACCAUCACAACUCUCUAUACAUCAUGGUUGUUUCAAGAGUUCUCCUUGGAAUUUUCCAAGGUUUUCAUUAUCCUGGAAUAACGAGCCUCAUCUCACGCAAAGUGUCACAACAGGAAAGAUCCUUCACUUACAGUAUAAUAUCAUCAGGCUCACAAUUUGGCACAUUGUUAGUUGGAUGUGUAGGUUCUUUGCUAACAGAAUAUUAUGGAUGGUCAGUGCCUUUUUAUGCCAUAGGUGUGUGUGGACUGUCUUGGAUGCUGUUUAUUCGCUAUGUCUUAAUAGCUAGACAACAGAAGACCAUCAGUUUGUCUUUAAAUGAAGCCCAGUUGUUAGAAAAUAAACAAAACGCACCAGAGAAAACAUCAGUGCCUUGGGUUGUCCUUUUUACUAAGCCUGCAUUUUGGUCACUGCUUGUUGGUCAUUACUGUGAAAACAAUGCCUUUUAUAUUUUAAUGUCUUGGAUGCCAACAUACUUUCAUGAAAAUUUUCCUACUGCCAAGAGUUGGGUGUUUAACGUUGUGCCGUGGAUGAUAUCCAUUCCUAGCACAGUGGGAAGCGGAUGGUUAGCCGAUAAUAUGAUCUCUAAGGGUUAUUCAGUAACUUUUGUCAGAAAGACAAUGCAGACUGUAACAUUUUGUGGAACUGCCUUCUUUCUGUUUCUAAUAUCAUACGUAAAAAGCUAUGAAGGUUGUUUGAUAUGCAUGGCUAUGGCUAUAGCCUGCUGUGGUUUCCACCAUAGUGGAAUCUCUGUCAACCCACAAGACAUUGCUCCCAAACAUGCUGGUUCUGUGUUUGGUCUUAUGAAUAUGGCUGGUGCUAUUCCAGGUUUCAUUGGUGUUUAUAUUGCUGGUCAUGUCCUGGAGGUGACUAAAAGCUGGAAUGCUGUAUUUGGACAGACAGCAGUGGUUUGUCUAUUUGGAUGGGUUGUUUACACUUUAUUUGGAACUGGGAAAAAAAUUAUUUAAAACACUUUUGUAAAUAAGAUUACAAACAAAAUUACAGAUAAUGAGUACAUAUUUAUUUAUUUUAAAAAUCUCAUAAUUGCUUAAGAUUGCAUUUAAUUCCAUGACUAAAACAUAAAAAUAAGCUUUUUAAACACAAAUAUAAAAUUGUUUAUUGUGAACUGUGAUGCUUGGAGAUUAUUAUUAUCCUUAAGAAAAGAGCAUAUAUUUUAUUUUAAAUGAUUCAUCAUAUUAAUAUAAAACUAUUUAUUACAUCACAGAAAAUAUUUUACCUCUAAAUUUUAUAUUUGUUUUAGAACUUACUUUUGUUCCACAUUUUUGCUUGUAAAUAUAACUCUACAUUUGCUUGUUUGCUUGGUCCAUGUAUACCGGUAUAUAAUAAUUGAUAUAGGUUGUAUUAUUUAUUAGCAACUUAUUGUGUUUUAUUUUAAAACCACAAUUUUCAAACAAAGGAUUCCAGGGGAUGAAUGAAAUCAAAAUAAUUGCUCAAUGAUCUCAUGUAUUUAAAACUGAUUCAUAAAAUCAUAUUUUCCCAUUUUUUAAAGUUGUAAAAUAAUCACUUUCAUCCACGCUGACAUGUAAUUAAAGUUCACUAAAAUUAACUAUCACAGGGGAAAACAACAACAAAACUCUUACCAACAUAGCUAUUUUAUAAAAUCUUCUAAGUGCAGGUCACUCAAUGAUAUUACAGUUUGUGAUAUAUUAGACCGAUUUGUUGAAAAUCCAAGGCUCUAGUACACAUUAAUACCAAUACCUCACGGUAGAACUUGGUUGCCAAAAUUUUUACUUUAAAAAAAUGAUACUAGUUGCAAUUUUUCUGCACUGUAUUCAGUAGAGUAAAAUAACAAAAUUGUUAACAUUAUAUGACUUAAAAUAUUUGUUUCUGAAUUGAUUUUAGUUUUUUUCUUCUUUGUAGCUCAUUGUGAUAAAAUGAUCAUCCACUUUUGUCAAUUUUGGCUUUAAAAUAUACAAUAUCUUGCUGUGGGAUUUAUAUUAGUAAUAUUAAUUAUAUAAUUUUAAUGCUGCUUCUGUGUUCACUCAUUUGCUAUUGGCAGAAAUGUUAAAAAUUAUUGUGCAAUUUACAUUUGCUUUUUUUGUUCUAUUAAUUUCAAAUCGAAUGGAGAUCUUUGUCUGGGCAAAGCUUCUUUGUCAAUGUAGCGGAUCACCCUGAAAUUUUGAAACUUGCAAGAGAUAGGGUAGAUCAUGUCAUGCUAACAAAGUGCCCAGGUUGAUUUGAAAUUGUGUUUUUUGUUAGAGGAAUUUCAGGGUUUUAUAGCAUUGGGGAGUGCCUGGGCAGUUGAAUGUUUAUUCCUCGAGGCACCAGAGGCAGUCUCAGCUUCUCCCCAAUGUUUAUGUUGAUAAAAGAACAAAGUACCACCAAGAGUGGACCACCUUUCUCACCCCACCCAAUGCUGUUGUGUCAUGUGAUUACCUUAUGCUAUUGUCAUCAGGUUAGAAAUUU